GACUGCCCUGGGAGGCACACACAACCAGACCUGGUGGCAGCCACCUCUCCCACGUCCCUGCUUUUCUUAGCCAUGGCUCCAAAGCGCAAGCCCUCGGUACAGACUGAAAGCCCCGAGAAGAAGAAGAAGGGGCGGCAGACGGCAGGGGAAGAAGACAGCUUUCGUUCCACCGCGGAGGCCCUCAGGGCCGCACCUGCAGAGAAGCGUGUAAUCCGUGUGGACCCUGUAUGUCCACUCAGCAGCAACCCUGGGACCCAGGUACACAAGGACUAUGACUGCACCCUGAACCAGACCAACAUCGGAAACAACAACAACAAGUUCUAUAUCAUCCAGCUGCUUGAAGAGGGCAACCGCUUUGUCUGUUGGAACCGCUGGGGCCGUGUGGGAGAGGUCGGCCAGUCCAAGCUCAGCCACUUCCCAAGACUAGAAGAUGCAAAGAAGGACUUUGAGAAGAAAUUUCGGGACAAGACCAAGAACAGCUGGGCGGAGCGGGAUCACUUUGUGGCCCACCCCGGCAAGUACACACUUAUCGAAGUACAGGGAGAGGACGAGGCCCAGGAGGCUGUGGUGAAGGUGGAGAGAGGCCCAGACAGGACUGUGGCUAAGCAGGUGCGGCCCUGCUCCCUGGACCCAGCCACACAGAAGCUCAUCACCAACAUCUUCAGCAAGGAGAUGUUCAAGAACGCCAUGGCACUCAUGGACCUGGAUGUGAAGAAGAUGCCCUUGGGGAAGUUGAGCAAGCAGCAGAUUGCGCGGGGCUUCGAGGUCUUGGAGGCCCUGGAGGCGGCCCUGAAAGACUCCACAGAUGGUGGCCAAAGCCUGGAGGAGCUGUCCUCCCGAUUCUACACCGUCAUCCCACACAACUUUGGCCGCAGCAGGCCCCCACCCAUUAACUCCCCCGAGCUUCUGCAGGCCAAGAAAGACAUGCUGUUGGUGCUGGCGGACAUUGAGUUGGCUCAGACCCUGCAGGCAGCCCCUGAGCAGGAGAAGAUCGUGGAAGAGGUGCCACACCCCCUGGACCGAGACUACCAGCUUCUCAAGUGUCAGCUUCAGCUGCUGGACUCUGGGGUACCUGAGUACAAGGUGAUACAAACCUACUUAGAACAAACUGGCAACAACUACAGGUGUCCUGCUCUUCAACACGUCUGGAAAGUGAACCGAGAAGGGGAGGGAGACAGAUUCCAGGCCCAUGCCAUGCUGGGUAAUCGGAGGCUACUGUGGCAUGGCACCAACGUGGCCGUGGUGGCUGCCAUCCUCACCAGCGGGCUCCGCAUCAUGCCACAUUCUGGUGGCCGCGUUGGCAAGGGUAUCUACUUCGCUUCGGAGAACAGCAAGUCAGCUGGCUAUGUGACUGGCAUGAAUUGUGGGAACCACCAUGUCGGCUACAUGUUCCUGGGCGAGGUGGCCCUGGGCAAAGAGCACCACAUCACCACAGACAAUCCCAGUUUGAAGUCUCCGCCCCCUGGUUUUGACAGUGUCAUUGCCCGAGGCUACACAGAGCCUGAUCCAACCCAGGACACUGAGCUGGAACUGGAUGGCCAGCGAGUGGUGGUACCUCAGGGCCGGCCUGUGCCCUGUCCAGAGUUCAGCAGCUCCCACUUCUCCCAGAGCGAGUACCUGAUCUACCAAGAGAGUCAGUGUUGCCUGCGCUACCUGCUGGAGGUUCGCCUCUGAGCUGCCCACCCUGCCCUCUGGGGUCCUGCUAAGGGCUAGAUCAUGGUCUUCAAUCUUCCUGCCCAUCUCUGGUACCCCCAUAUUACCCCUUCCUUUC